CCUGGUACCCAGUCGUUGUCGGAUGGUUGGCGGGCUGACUGGUUGGCCCCUGUGCUGUGUGUGUUCUGUUCGUCAUCAUCAUCAUCCCUUCAUCGUCGUCGUCGGUGGCCGUCGGGUGUCGUUCGAGGAGACUGUUGAGCUUCCUGCUUGCUGCUAGACGCUUUCCGUUACUUUGCUAGCACCAGCACCAGUCAGUGUUUGUUGGCAGGUCACCAGCCAGUGAGCUGCGAGCUUUCGGCGGACAAUGUUGCGACCUUUUGAACUCUCCGCUCUACUUUUGGCCGUGUUCGUGCUUCUCGUCAUCGUUGAUUCGGGUUUCGGUUUGCUUCGUCGAAGGCUCUGCUGAACGUGGUGCCGUCUCUCGGUCAGUGGGUCCAGUUCGAGUUCGGGAUAACAGUGGACAGCCCCAGUCUGACCCUCGGCUGCUGCUUGGAUUAGCCAAUCAACUUCCGGUUUGGCGGUUGGUCCGUCGGCUUUCAGAGCGGUUUGUGUUGGAUUUUGCACCUUUGGAGUGAUUUUUUCCAGGAGGCAUUUCAGGAACGUUGCAGGCGAAAUGCUGCUGAUGGAGGGCUAACAGGCUUUAUGUCCGAGAUUUUUUUUUUCUUAUUUGAAGUAAACAAGUUCAAUCGGAUGAAAAUUCUGACCCAUGUUUGUGCUUCGACCGGACACCAUCCGCAUCUGACGUGUCGGUCUGUUUGUUCCCACGAUGGUUCGUUGACUCGAUGACGAUUUGUUUGCGAAGCUAGAACUCCAGGCGUCAAUGCGUGUGUGCAAUCUGUGGAAGGGUGUGAGAAAAUUGCAUCCAUUAACGGAAAAUACGAUAUUACGGCGAAGGGGGUAGUGAAAAUGUGCGCGCUCCAAUUAGAGGCCCGUGAUUGCUAGGCCGAUUCUUUUUUGUUGCUGCUGCUAUCGUUCUACAGCCUCGGUGAUCCGGUUGUCGAGAUUGGGUGCUGAUUGGGCAGCUCGAAAGCUAUUGGGGCAGUAAAUCAGUUUAAAAUUGGGUCGCUUCACAGUAAGAAUCCCAAUGAUGCUAUUUCCACUGUGCGUGUGUUUGUGGGAGUGUUUGAAAACUGACCAGCAACUGGUGGGUUUAAAAUGCUGAUUAAGGGAGCAGUGAUUAACAUGAUUGAAAAGAUCAAAUGGUGCUAUUUGUCGAAUCAGCCGUAAGAGAAACCAUUCAUUAGGUUGCAACCGGAAGUGAUUAGUGCAAUUGAUUCUGGGGAAAAUGGGUGCAAUCGAUUUGAAAAACUAUUAUUGUAAAUAUUUGAAAAAAAAAGUGAAUGCAAAUAAAGCUAAUUGUGUGAUCUCUACUUAAUCAAACAUGUUAUGUGUUAUUGUGUCAUGUUUGUAAGCCGAUUGAAAAAAAAAAUCAAUGUCCCUCAAUCUCAAAAUUGAUGUCCAGUGUUUCGUAUUGAUGUUAAAAGUGUGUGAAAGUCGUUCGUAGUACUUCGGCAAGCAGAAUUUGUACACAUCUGAAGAUUAUAACAACGAGGAGUUCUUAGCUAUGAUCCGCCCCUCAAACUUCGAUAAUCAUCCAUUAAAAAGGAAAGGAAACAUUACAAAAGCUUCACCGGGAUACCGCUUUGAUAAAACCGCAAACAUACCGAACGCCAUUGCGUUAAGCCGGAAAAUGAAGAAUACUCGAAAUCGCAAUAUUCGAAAUCGUUGAAUCAACAAUAAUUUGUUUGGGAAACUCAGAAUAAAACAAACACAUGGACGAAUAAUAUCGUUUUUUGGCCUCCAGCUCGGACCAAAAGUGAGUUACGUCAAAAAUCGAAUGAAUUGAAUGAUUAUCAUUUUUGAAAAGAAGAAAAAAACGAAUUACCAUUGCUUCCGACCGUUUGAAAGGAAAAGUAAAAAUAAUUUAAAAUUGUGCAUGUAAGUAAACGUGUUUGGGUUGAACUUUGUGGCGAAUAAAUGCAAUCCACAGACGAACGUCAAAGUUCGUGGAAAAAAGCUUCAUCCCCCAGCCCGUUUUUUCCAGUAAACAGUUUGAAACUUUGAGCGUAAAAUUUGUUUCAGCAGCUAGUCAGCGAUCGGGAAACGAAAAAAAAAAAGUUUCGAAAUAGCUUUGGCAAAUGCUCUUUUCGCGGCUUGAUGCGAUCGCUCAAUGUCAGUGUGAUUGGAUAUCGUGUUUGAAGUUAUCGCAGUCUAAUUCCUGCAAUCGGAAAGAAGUAUAAAUGGAAAUGGUGAAAACAUUUUCCCUUCGUUCAGUGAAUCGUGAACUAAAAAGUUUUUCUUUCGACAAAGACGACGACGACGACGACGUCUAUUUUGGAUACGCUUUUUGGCGUUACUGUGGGAAAAAAUCAUCAACUACGGCAAAUUUUCCACUCUUCAGCUACAUAUUCUAAGAACAGAAUAAGGAUUUCCGAUUCCGACUAUUUGGUGAAGUUGCUUUUGUUGUAUACGAAGCAGCAAAUGCAAAAAUAAAGAAGAUUCAACAUUAUUCUCACUAACAUGGUGCUUCCUGGAUUUCGUUCGGUUCGAUUGUUAGUGAACCGAAUUGCGAUCAAGUGUUGAGUGAAAUACGGUUGGCAGCCGCAAAAGUUGUCAGAAAAGUGCGCCCAAUUAAAAAUCUGCAUAUUAACUGAAAUAUUAUACCAUAAAGGGUUCGUGAUCCCGGAAUUUCGAGCAGGGAGGAAUGGUAGAUAUGGACAUGAUGGACAUGCGAGGAGCCCUAGGAUUCCUUUCCAGCACAACAAGCACGGCCCGCCACACUCCCCCACACCAAAAAGCUCGAAAGAGCCCCCUGGUGGUAACGGCAACGACAAUCUGUAAUCUAACGGUGACCGGCAAUCAGACGGAUGGUAGCGGAGAUGGAAGAGGAACGGGUGCCGGAAGCGGGGGAGGCACGUUAGCAGAAGACGGCGAAGAAGACGAUAUGGAUGCUUUAUCGCCUCUGGCGAUGUCCUGUUUAGGCGUAUUUCUAUCGAUUGUGAUAUUCCUGUCCGUGGCCGGUAACAUCCUGGUCUGCAUAGCCAUCUACACCGAGCGCAGCUUGCGGCGGAUUGGGAACCUUUUCCUGGCAUCGCUGGCCAUCGCAGAUCUGUUCGUGGCCUCGCUAGUGAUGACAUUUGCCGGUGUCAACGACUUGUUGGGAUACUGGAUAUUCGGGGCCCAGUUCUGCGACACUUGGGUGGCAUUCGACGUCAUGUGUUCAACCGCUUCCAUUCUGAAUCUGUGUGCCAUCUCGCUGGAUCGGUACAUUCACAUCAAGGAUCCGCUAAGAUACGGCCGCUGGGUAACUCGACGGGUUGCCAUCGGGACGAUCGUGGUCAUCUGGCUGCUGGCGGCUCUAGUUUCGUUCGUGCCGAUCUCGCUCGAUCUGCACCGGGACAAGCGGGAUGAGACGGACACCUCGCUCAUCAUCAACGGUGUCAAGUACGAAACGUGUGCGCUCGAUCUGACGCCCACCUACGCCGUCGUUUCUAGUUGUAUAAGUUUCUACGUACCUUGUAUAGUGAUGAUCGGGAUCUACUGCAGACUCUACUGCUACGCCCAGAAGCACGUGAAAUCGAUACGAGCCGUCACGAGGCCGGGCGAGAUCAGCGAAAAACGCUAUCGCAGCAUACGGAAGCCAAAGGCGAACAAAAACAAGCUAAAACUCCGGCAGCUGGCGCACACGGCCUCUUCGCCGUAUCACGUGUCCGAUCACAAGGCAGCCAUCACCGUCGGUGUUAUCAUGGGAGUGUUCCUAGUGUGCUGGGUGCCGUUUUUCUGUGUAAAUAUCAUCGCAGCGUUCUGCAAAACCUGCAUCGGAGGCCAAACGUUCAAGGUGCUGUCCUGGCUUGGGUACUCGAACUCGGCCUUCAACCCGAUCAUCUAUUCGAUCUUCAACACCGAAUUCCGAGCGGCAUUCAAGCGCAUCCUGACGACGAGGAGUGCCUGGUGCUGCGGCCAGGAGAUGGGCAACAUCUAUCCGCGGCACAGCGAUCGGUAUGUGACGGAUUACGCCGCUAAAAAUGUAGUUAUGAACUCCGGUCGGUCAUCCGCCGACCUGGAGCAGGUUUCGGCUAUCUGACCUUACUAGAACAACAUCAACAACACGGAAGUUUAGAGAGUUCGGUUGAGGCACUUGGUUGAAGGGAUAGACAGCUACUAGACUAAUGCACCGAUAGGUUUUCUUCUAGACAAUGGUGAGGGUGACAACAAGAUGGCAAAUGGGUACACACAUACAAAUGAGCAUCCCUGCACAAUAUACACUGACAUAGUUAAAGUUUCUGUUGUGUGAGUUUUGUGGUUGUGGGAUUUUGAACGAUUGAUGCACGUUUUAAAAAACGUUCUUUAAAAAAAAAUGAGGAAACCAUGCGAAAACACAUCGGUCUGCUAAGAACGUUAAAUGAUCAUUUCAAACCGUUUUUGUCAACUGUCUGUAUGAAACUCUUUCGGAAUUUUGUCGAGAAGCUACGUUCGAGUCAAUAGACCAUGUGGAAGUGGAUUUGUUUUUGAUAUGUUUCAAAACUUCAUUUCAAGAAAAUCGUUUAAAAUUAAACAGUCUAGACCAUCGGCAGCGGCAGGUUCUAUUCCAGGUGUUAACUCGGGACUCAUUGCAAUAAAUUUAGCAGGUCAUUUGCGCACCGGUUAGUGCUGUUUCCAUUCUUGCCACUGGUGUCGAAUCUUUAGGUUUUAUUUGUGUUUGUUGGUUUUUUGUUUUGUAAAUUUACCCUAGACCUGAAAAUGCAAGAGCUGGUCGGUAUCCGAAUUUAGCUCCUGGCUCGCUUAUUUAACACCCAGAAGCUAGAUAGCACCUCGUUUGAGGUGUCAAAAUUAAGUGUUAUUAUAGCUUAGACACCUUACCGCUGCUGAUGCUCCAAAAAAGUGAGUGUUUAUACCUGAAAGGUUUUAUUUACAGUCAAUCGCAAAAUUGAUCGUACACACAUGGUUUACCAACUCAUUUCGUUUGUUUGGUGUGGAAAAAUGGAUCAACAUUUAAGAUUUUGAUGCACAUUAAUUGUUUACAGAUCUAGCUAUUCCUCUGAUCCCGUCGAUUUUGAGAAAUCAGUUUUGCUUAUUUUAUAAAUCAAGAAGUUCAUGAAAAUCCCAAAUAAGGUAUGCAAAAUUGAUCGUACACAUUUAAUUUAAUCUGAAAUGUUUGGUGUGUAAACAAGAUCAAGUUUUUUUUUCAGUGUGUCAUGUCAACACCCAGCAGCUACAUGAGCAGUGUUUGUUUUUGUUUAUUUGCUGAAUUUCGUAGAGUUGUUAUCAAAAUGGCAAGCAAGCGCAAGGAAACGGACAUUGCGACGCGAUGGUUGAUAAUAUGAUGUGUUGUCGCGGAAAGUCAUUGCGGGAAAUAGCAGAAUCUGUCGGGAGAUCCCACUCUACAGUGCAGUACAUCAUCAAGAAGUGGAAAUACGAAGGAACCGUGAAAAAUAUCGCUGGAAGAGGACGAAAACGCAUAUUGACUCCUACCGAUGAACGGGUAAUUGUGCGAACUCUGAGAAGGAACCCUAAAACAAGUAUUCCUAAAUUGACGGCUGAAGUCGCUGGGACCAUCGGAACCCUGUCAGCGCAGAUACUGUCCGGAGGGUAGCGCACAGGAGCGGUUUGAGUGGUCGUGUAGCGCGUAAAAAACCCUUUAUCUCAAAGGUAAAUAUGAAAAAAAAACGGCUGGAGUUCGCUAAGGCUUAUGUUAAUAAGCCUAAAGAAUUCUGGAACAAAGUUCUAUUCACCGACGAAACAAAAAUAAACCUUUUCGGAUCGGAUGGACGGCAAAUGGUGUGAAGAAAACCUGGGACGGAGCUCCAGCCCACGAAUUUGGUCCCACUGUAAAACACGGUGGCGGCAACCAGAUGUUGUGGGGUUCAAUGUCGGCCUCUGGACCUGGAACCAUGGAAUUUAUUGACUCAACGAUGGACAAGAUGGGUUAUUUGAAUAUCCUCAAGCGUAACCUGCAGCUUUCCGUGGAUAAAUUGGGGCUACCUCGUGAUUACUACUUCCAACAAGACAAUGACCCCAAACAUACAGCUAUUGUCGUACGGGAGUGGUUGCUGUAUAAUUCACCUAAACAACUCAAAACGCCUCCGCAGUCUCCCGAUCUGAACCCGAUAGAACACCUCUCUGGUGGGAGUCAAGAAUCGCCUGAAAAAUAAAAAUCCUGGGAACAAGGCAGAACUCAGAACGGCGAUUAAGGAGAUCUGGGAGAACAUUCCAUCUAGUGUGACCAAAAACCUCGUCGAAUCGAUGUAACGACGCUUGCAAGCAGUGCUAGAUGCCAAAGACGGUCAUACCAAAUACUAAUUAAGUUGAAUUUUGAUAUCCGUUACUUUCUAUGAAUUGAUUUUUAUUAGAAUUUUAAGAAAAAGUUGUACGAUCAAUUUUGCUACGCUUGAAAUUGUGUUUUUAGUCGUUUUUUCAAAUAUGAAGUGAAAAUGUAAACAAUUUUUAUUUUUCUUUUCAAAGUUAAAGAGUAAAAAGGAGAUAUUAUUUAAUGGAUUAAAGUUGUUUUUAAUUAUUUACUGUUAAACCCUGAAAAUCUCAGAAUUCAAGAAUGGAUAAUGGGUGUACGAUUAAUUUUGCGAUUGACUGUAUAGCGGAGGAAUUGGUAUAAGAUCAGUCCAAACAGGGUUUUUCGAAAAAAAAUUAACACUGAAGACUGAAUAAAAGCACUUAUAUUAUCGCGGCUGCAGUAGGUGUUGAUAUGAUUUUUUUUCUUGUUCAUUCGAAUACAUUAAAAUUUAUUUGUGGGCAAGAUGAAAAGUAAUACUUCUCAAAUUGUCAGCGAACUGUCGCUGCGAAUUUUGAACAAUAACGUGCACGAAAAAAGAUAUCGAUUGUUGGACGUACUAAAUUUUCACAAUUAACAUAAUAUAUUUCACUUGUCCCAGAAAUGAUCAUUAUCAAAAUAGCAAAGCCAAAAAUAAAACUUAUAGCAAAUGAGUGUUAGUUGCCCUUCUUUGGACGGUGGUUUCUCAUAAAUGGACUGAAAAUUACUGAUUUCCAGAGAAUGAAAACAUUUAUAUUAUUGUUCUUAUAUAUAAAUUUAUAUGAGGAUUUUAUAUAUAGGUUUGUUAUUGAUAGAUUUACAAAGAUAUGAAUGAUAAAAUAUUUCAUCUUUGAACCUAUAUACUGAAGAUUAAGCAACAAACGGAUAAAAAUUAUUUUCAAAUCAAAGAUUAUUAUGAAAAAGUUUUAUAACUUUUAGUUCCAGAAAACACUAAUUUCUUUUAUGAAUAUUUUAAAUAUUUUCACUCCCGGUAAGCAGUGUCAGCUGUUCAACAUUAUUUGUGACAAUUUUAUUCUAGUUCGUUUGCAUAAAGCUGACAAAAACUGAUAGAAAUUCUCAAAAUGGGCUCUCAAUUAUGCCCUUAUGAAAAUUCGCACCUUAAUUGAUUUGUUUGUUCUGAAACAAUGUUUUGUUGUUUCUUAGAUAAAAAAAGGAACAUCAUGGUUGAAAUUGUCCUAUUUUUGGACUCUUUACAAUUUUUCCGGAUUUUCCAAUGAUUUUCUAUUAUUUCAGUAAAAUAAUAGACCAUAUACAACAUCUCAAUGAUAGUGGUUUCCCUUUAAACUUUUGCUUGAACAGUUAAAAAACGUGAUAUUUUCUCAUUAACUUUGAUUGCUCAAAACACUAUUUGAGCUGCCUGUUUAACCACUGAAAUGAAAGUAUUUUUAACGUACAUUUAACGUAAAUAUAACGUAACGUUGAAAAUUUUAUCAUUAUUUCAUUUAUUUCUUUUUAUGGCAAAUUACUGUCUGAUAUGAUAAAGGAAGGAUAAGAACUCACUUUACAUAUGAUAAUUUGAAAUGUAUGCCAGUGAAAUGAUUUUUUUCCAAUUUUCGGUAUUUAGGGACCAAAAUAUGCCAUAGGUCCAAAGUAGGGUCACUCCCACUAAGUCAAUCAAAAGCUGGCAUAAACCAUGAAAACUCACAUCAACUAGACAAGUUGGCAAAAACCCCCAGAAUGUAUGGAAAUGAACAUACAAAACAUCACGUCGAAUUUGAAGCAAUCAUACUUUAAUAUUAAAAAGAAAAAAAUACUCAAAAAAAACUUUCAACCCGAGAAAUCUCCCAUGCCUGAUAACCCAAUCGCUGAAUCAAAUCUAUCAUCCAGCCAGCAGAGAAACAAAAAGAAAACAAAAUAUCCCACAGAAGCUGUCAAAUUUAUCAUGUAGGUACAAAGUACAAUCAGAAACAAAUAGCACAAACGGGAAAAAAGAAAGGAAGAGGAAAAAGACAAAAAAGCCAAACUAACUUUGCUCAAUCAUAUGUAAAUACACCCAGACGUUUCCAGCAAACUGAUCAAAAUGGAAAAAGUUGACAUAUUUACUGUCAAUAGGAAAUACACACUUACCUACGCGCAACAGAAGAAUGGUUUGACUUAAACAAUUUCAAAUCUAUCGAGCGAUUUCAUUACGUCCUAUGAAAAAAAAAUCUACCUAAACGUAUAGUUUUAUUGCAAAAACUACAGAAACUAACAUAAACUAGUCACAACCUCUUUUCAAUAACAUUAUAUCGCAUGAAACAAAAUGCAAACAAAAAGUUUUAUUUUUAAUCGCAGCGCACUAAAUUGGAUUCCAUUUAGAAUUUUUGUUGCAAGGACAACAUAUUUUAUGUGUGAAAUACAAAUUUUAAAGUUGUUUUGAUAACUUUGCAGCAGCUUUCUGUGAAUUCUUAAGAUGUUUCAUACGACGUAAUGAAAGCUCAUGCGAGAUUUGUUGUCUGGACAACAUAUUCUAAAUGUGAAAUGUUCAAUUAAAAGUUGUUUUCCUAACUUUUGCAGCCGUUUCUAUGAAUCCUUAAGAAGUUUCAUACGAGAUGAAAAGCACGCGUGAAAUAUGUAUGUGUUGUUUUUUUUUUGUAUUUUUGUUCCUUUUUAAGCUAUUAGGGGGAUGAGGGCAUAACGAGCACCCAGGCAUAAUGAGCACUCCUUUUUUCUACAUAAGUACGUAUUUUCUUAAACAAAUUUUCAUAAGGAUUUGUUUCGUACUACCCAUAGUAUUAAUUUUUCACCAAAAAAGAAAUAUCCUUUUUAUCUUUACAGAAAAAUUAAAUAAUAACCAGCUAGGUUCUCAAGUGGCGAAAAUAUUAUAAUUUUUGAGCACCACCAAAUAAGUUUCUAUGACCUUUAAAUCAUCUUGAUCUGAAAUGUACGCACUGCAACAUGAUCUACACAUUGUUUCUCAAUUUUCAACAUCAUAAAAAUUUUGAUAUUUCACUUUAAUCAAUUUUAAAACGCUUUUUUACUUUAAUUUGUUUACUAGAGGCGAACAGAGCACUUUCAAUGAAGGCAUAAUGAGCAUUUUCUGCCGGGGAAUCUAGCAGCGAAUUCAACCCGAUGAAGUCAACUGAAUAAUAGAGCUACAGCUUGGCUUGUUUCGUCUGUCGAUUUGGCCUAUUGGUAAGGUGUCGGAGAGGUAAUCAGUAGUCUCGAGUUCUAUUCCUGUUCGAUGGGAUUUUUUUUUUGCACUACCAUUCAUGAUUGAUUUUUUUUAUUGUACAUUAUACGGCUAAUAGCAUCAAAGCAUCAUCCGUCAAACAAAACACCAGAAACAUAAUGUAUGAGCAUGUGUUAAUCCUUUGAAUUCUACAAGCAGACCUAGAUUAUUUUGUUAUUGCUUUGUUUGAUGAAUCUACGCCUCACCGUUUAGUGCAAUCAUGAUCAUGAAUGAUAAAAGAAAAAAAAAUCACCUCGACCAGGAAUCGAACCUCUCAGUCAUCUUACCAAUAGGCCAAAUCGUCAGACGAUACAAGUCAAGCUGUAGCUCUAUUACUCAGUUGACUUCAUCUAGUCGUAUUUGCUGAUAGAAUCCCCGCAGAAAACGCUCAUUAUGCCUUAAUUAAUGGUGCUCAUACUGCCUCGGGGGGUUUCUCAUUAUGCCUCUACAGUGACUGGUUUUCAGCUUUCGGCAAAAAUUUUUAAAAUGCAUUUUUUAACGUUUUUAUCUACUUUUUCAAGUUUCAUCCAAUUAGGCAAUAGACUAUUUGAGUGUCUGAACACGAAACAAUGAUGUAAUUCACAUAUUACAGCUGUUCUCUAUGGUUAAAUAAGCGUUUUCCUUAAGGUGGCCAUUAUGCCCCCAUCUCCCCUAUUGUCAUUAGAAUUUUAGUUUCAAGAAACCGUUUUAGAUUAAAAAGAGGUUGUAUCGUAUUAUUUUCAGUUUCCGCUUUCAGUAUUCAAUCUUCAUCAUCAUUAGUUUCUUAUAACGUAUUUAAAUCUAAUUUCUAGAAAUAAGAUUUUUUGUAACCAUUAAAAAUAUUUCGUUAUUUUCGAUUUUUCCUUCCUGCAAAAUGCCAGUUCAACUUAAAAUACUUGUACGUAACAUAACAAGAACUCUUGUGGAAAUGGCACGAUGUCAAAUUUACGUUACUCAUCUUGUUGGAUUGUCAUUUUCCAGGACGGAAAACAGAAAAAAAUGAAAAAAAAUCGCUCAAAUAUCAAAUUGGUCAGAUGAAAUCACCGACCAGUGAGCGAAGAGCAAAUUUUAUAUCUUGAAAAUGAUCAUUAUAAAAACUCUUUUCAAGUCUUUAAUAAGGGUUUUCAUUGAAAAAAAUUGCAAAUUUCAUCAAUCUGAGUAUGCCUUAUACAUAAAACAAUAGUAUUAAAGAUUUUAUUUGGUUCCGGCAUGAAUUUUUAUCUUAAACAACUCUUUUCAAAAACUGCUCAACUCAACUUUGUUGAAAAGUCAAAAAAAUGCUUGCUUCACCUAGGUCAUUUUCAACUAAUUAGUUAAUGUCAAAACCCAUAAGUAGAACUUUUUAAAAGCCUUUGCACAACUUUCUUCUUUUUUUCAAAUUUCCAUGUUAAAAUUUAAAAAAAACCUAUUCAUUCUGUUGCGAAAAAACUCCACAGAAAAUCAACAUUCGUACGUAGCUGUACAUAUUCUAGAAUCCUGUGGUCUGAUCACUCUCACAGAACUAAGAACUAUGGCAAAGGAUUGUUGUCGAAAGCAAAGCAGAAAAGGGUAAUGAAUGUUCUCACUGUGUUGUUGAUGUUGUUAACAAAAGAAAAUGAAAUCAUAAAACAUGGAGUUGAUAAUAUAAGAUGGAUGUAUUCACCAGAACGAAAUAGAGGAAGGCAAGUUUUUUGUUGACGUAUUAUUGUGAUUAAAAGGAAGUUAAUCCUUCUCCUUGUAGAGUAGAAGCGAUUGAUAAAAAACGAGUAAAUGCAACAACCCACAUAUCCUUAGAAACUAGGGACAAAUCUUUUCAUUGUGAGACUACUAUGAAAUAUGAAACUAUUAGUGAAUCCAAAGCGCUUAGUGUUAGAAACAGAAUCCCAGCUGUCAUGGCUUAGUCUAGGAGUAGGCCAAUCGAAAAAUGAUAUUAAUAGAAACCAAAUACUGAUAAUAGUUAUCAGUUUAUACAUUCUUUAUGAAGAGAGGAAGCGAGAGAGAAUCAAAUCUGCUAUGUUUAGGCGUUUAGAUUUUAGGACAAAAAGUGAGAUAAAUCAAUGAAAUCUCACAGCCAAUCUCGUGUUUUUCGUUCACUCAUUAACAUGAAGCGACUGCAAGAGGCAAAUGUUACAUUCAUUUAUGGUUCAUUGCACUAUUUUUACGCAAAAAUAAGACUGAUUAUUGUUUAUUUAUCGAAAGCAAGAGUCAACAGUGUAAGAUAUCGCAGAGUUGGUUUAGAUAUUAAACACUGAUAGCAAAAUCGCAAUACCAGUACCAAAAAUUUGAUAAGAAAAGAAAAUUAAAAACUAAGAUUAAAUGAUUAAUGAGAUAUCUCUAUUUAAGAUGGUGAAAAUUAACUAUAACUUACUACAACUCGCAUCUUAUGCUCACAAACACAACCAAAACAACCAUGAACAAUCCCAAAAAAAAACAGAUGACUCUAUAGUUAAUUGUUAAAAAUGAUUUUAGUCUCUUCCAAACCACGUGGAACCAAACAAAGUGAAGUGAAAUUUCAAUAGCAAUUUAUUAGUUUAAUAUUUAAAAAAAACGAAACAAUUCAAAUACUCUAUACUACAGGUAAAAUUGCCCAAAAAAAAAACAAAA